GACUUGACACUCAUCUUUACCUCCAUGAUGUCGAGCCCGGCGACUUCGUGUGCACGUCGUUUGUCGCAUUCGACGCGGACUUUGGUCAACGCCAUACAGCCUACCGUAUAUUACAACGUUUUCAAUCGUCGUACAUUUGCAACUACAUUUUCUCCUUCGCCUCGGCUGACGGCGCAGCGGGUGAAUAGGUCGAAUCCGCCUCUUUCUCGAUCUAUGUUUAUACAGACUGAAACAACUCCAAACGAUGAUUCUCUGAAAUUUAUACCAGGCGCUCCGGUCAUGGAAGAAGGCACCGCGGAAUUCCUCGAUACUCGGGCAGCUCUUUCCUCACCUUUGGCCAUACGAUUAAUGGGAAUUGAAGGCGUCAAAUCCAUCUUCUACGGUCCAGACUUCGUCACUGUUUCCAAGGAUUCUGAAAAUCCUUGGGCCGUCAUCAAACCAGAGGUAUAUUCCAUUCUUAUGGAGUUUUUCUCCUCCGGGCAAGCAUUGUUCAGGAGUCAAGAAGAACGAGAGAACGCGGGGCCUCAAGAUACCAAAAUCCUUGAUACUGACUCGGAGACCGUUGCGAUGAUAAAGGAGUUGCUGGAAACACGAGUAAGGCCGGCGAUACAAGAGGACGGUGGGGACAUAGAAUAUCGUGGGUUCGAAGAGCAAGGGUCUGGAGUGGUCAGGAUCAAACUCAAAGGGAGCUGUCGGGGAUGUGAUUCUAGCACGGUUACUCUCAAAAGUGGCAUCGAGAGAAUGCUGAUGCAUUUUAUUCCCGAAGUGAAGGGAGUCGAACAGGUUCUCGACCAGGAGGAGGAGAUUGCACUGGAUGAGUUCAAUAAGUUGGAAAAGAAACUCCAGGACAAACAAGAUACUGGAAUUGCACAAUAUAUGUCUGUAUAGCCAGAACUCGAUCUGAAGCUUAUUCGGUUAUUUUAUAUAAACUUUAAAGCAUAAAGAAAUGUUUGAAUCCUUUUUGGCUUCCUCCCCCUCUGCAGCUCUGAUGCCC